AUGAGAGGCAGCAUUCAAGAAAACGAAGAUUACUGCACCAAAGAUUACGAAUGGACGAAAAUAUCGGGAAACAUCGAAGAGGUACCGGACAGAAGAGGCCAACGAACAGACAUCGUACAGGCAGCAACGAUGAAAUUAGAAGGCGCAUCACCAAGGGAUCUCCUUCAGAAUGCAGCAUACAUGAACAACAAAUUCGCAAUUGACUUGCAAGUUAAAGAAGUCCAAGAAGAAGAAACCAAAUCAUGGCUAGCUGCAAAAUUUCACAACUGGCAACCAAAAAGAUGGCAACAGAAAGUCAUAGACCUCUGCAAAGAAGAACCCGACGAUCGCACAAUCCACUGGUACUGGGACAAAAAAGGAGGCACCGGCAAGAGCACACUCAUGAAGUAUCUGUUCAGCAAGAUGAACGCAUACGUCCCAAAUCAAUGCCGCAGCCUAGACAUCAUCAACGGCUAUGACAAGCAGCGCAUAGUGGUAUUCGACUACACAAGGUCAAUGGAAGAAUAA